AUGACCUCCUUACAUCCUCAGAGUAAUGGAAUGGUCGAAAGGUUCCACAGGAGUCUGAAAUCUUCUCUACGAGCCAGGAAAGUUGACAGAGCCAUUGAUGGAUUCGCCGUUCCUCCGCCUCAUCAUGUUCGUCCUGUACCUCUGGUUCAACUGCCUUCAGCUCUUAUGUCAGCUAAGUACGUGUUUGUUCAUGAGGAUGCAGUUAUAUCAUCCUUGGCACCAUGUUAUCGAGGCCCUUACCUGGUUAUAGAUUGGCAAGGCAAAUACUUCCGCCUCCAGAUUGGUUCCAAGCAGGAUGUAGUCUCCGUAGAUCGCCUGAAGCCUGUUUUCAGUGAUGCUCCUGUUACUCCUGUGCUCCCUCCGCCUCGAGGAAGACCAAGACUUACUCCAGCGGCUAAUCCUUCAGAUCCUCCGCCGUCCUCCGCCACCAGAUCACCCAAGAAGGUUAGGUUCCAGAUCAUUCCCCAGGUUCUUCCGCAACCUAUACCUGAACGACGGAAUCCUCACAGAUUUUCAAGAGAUAGAAGAAUCGGCUCCGCCAUUUCUCCGCCAUCCUUCUGGGGAGACUACUGUGGCGGCUAUGAAAGUUGUCCUAGACUAUGA